AGCACCCGGCAGAUAGCCUUCUGUAUCCUGUUCUUGAGCGCCAACUUCAGCAGACCUGAGGUUUCUGGCUAGAAGUGAAUGGUUCAGCGGAUCUUUGCUAUCUAAACUUCGCUGUUGAUAUUCUUGUACUUGUCUUGCGAUGAUUGACAAUUAUCAUGGGAAUUCCAUGGAUCAAUCAGUAGAAUGGGGAAAUCAACUGCCGAAUGAAAAAAGAAGCCUUGAUGGUACUGAUCAGGGAGCGGAUGACCUCAUUGCUGCUGUGAAAAAGGCAAAGCUUGAGUAUGAUCAGAAUUGGGGAAAAGACAAAAUCGUUAAAAAGAUUGAAGAUUCAGCAGCAUAUUCUUGUGAUCAGCAGGAUGUUGGUUUUCGACCAAUCGAAACAAAAGAACCGACUUACACAGGGGUCCGAUGGAGCGGAAAGAAGGGUAAAUGGCGGGUAAGAAUCAAAGCAAAUGGCAAGGACAACCAUGUUGGCUUCUUUCAGGAUGCUAAGAGUGCAGCACUGGCAUAUGAUCGAGCUGUCAAACGUUUUUUUCCGAAUUGGGAAACUGAUCGAUCGAUCAAACUUAAUUUCCCGCCAGACGACAAAGACAAGCAAUCUUCUCAUCCCAAGAACGAAGACAAGACUCUCUCCGGAAUUAGUGCACUGUUGGCAACGGAUGCAAGGAUUUCGCUGUCACCAAUCAAGUCUCUCAGCCCACAUGGUUUUUCAAGGAACUCUUCUCAGCAAAUAGAGAUUCUUUCUGCUUCUGGCAUGAUGGCCCCAGCUAGCACAAUGAGUGGUCAACUGCCUAAAGAGCAGAAAUCUGGAACCUUGCUUGCCCCGCUGCAAAUGAAUUUAGAUAAAGACAGAGUUAGUGACAAAUCGUCUUUGGCUCACCUCCUCGAUGAUAAGACGGUUAAUCUUCUAAAUGCCCUGGCGAGGACGCCCAGUCCGGCUGGCCCCCCUCGUCUUUGUGCGAAUGCGAGUAUUGCUGGCGCGGUUGCGCCAGCAGUGUGGACGCCUGGUCCCCAAGCUCUGUCAAAUCAGGAUCGAUAUCCAGUCCAGCCUGGUGGUUUAAAUAUCGAACAAGAGGCACUAAAGGGUCUAGUUGAACUUGGCAAGAACCAUCAUGUUGACUACGCGAUGGCUCAUCACAAGAAGACUGUUCAAACCAUUUCUACAUCAAACAUUCGAACGAAAGACCAUCUUGCGACCAAGUCUGAAAAUGCGGGACCAAGCCAUUCGGAGAUCCAGAUCCCUCUGGGCGCAGAAGUCAAAAUUUUCGUGGAGUAA